GGCGCGCGGCCAUAUUGGAUCGGUGCGGAGCCGGCGGCGGAGGAGGAGGAGACGGUGGCGGUCGGUCCGUGCGUCCGCCUGUCCGUCGGUUCCCGCCUGUUCUCCCCCCCGCCGGUGUCCCCCUCUGCCAGCGCUCCAUGGCCGACCCCACGCCGCGAACCCGCGGCCCAGCCGUCGCCACGAUGCCGCAGAGCCCGACGCGCAUCUCCCGCCUGCAGGAGAAGGAGGAGCUGCGGCAGCUGAACGACCGCCUGGCCGUGUACAUCGACAAAGUGCGGAGCCUGGAGACGGAGAACAGCGCGCUGCAGCUGCAGGUGACCCAGCGGGAGGAGGUGCGGGGCCGCGAGGUCACCGGGCUCAAGGCGAUCUACGAGGCGGAGCUGGCGGACGCGCGGCGGGCGCUGGACGACACGGCGCGGGAGCGCGCCAAGCUGCAGAUCGAGCUGGGCAAGCUGCGCGCCGAGCACGAGCAGCUGCUGGGCAGCUAUGCAAAAAAGGAAUCCGACCUCAAUGGAGCCCAAGUCAAACUUCGUGAGUUUGAAGCAGCCCUGAAUUCAAAAGAAGCUGCACUGGCCACAGCUCUUGGUGAGAAGAAAAGUCUGGAGGGAGAAAUUGAAGAUUUGAAAGAUCAAAUUAGAGAGAUUGAAGCUUCUUUAGCUGCUGCCAAGGACCAGCUUAUAAAUGAAACCUUGCAGAAGGUGGACCUUGAAAACCGUUGUCAGAGCCUCAUUGAGGACCUGGAAUUCCGUAAAAAUAUGUAUGAGGAGGAAAUCAAUGAGACAAGAAGGAAGCACGAAACUCGGCUGGUGGAGGUGGAUUCAGGGCGUCAAAUUGAAUACGAGCACAAACUGGCCCAGGCCCUCCACGAGAUCAGAGAGCAGCACGAUGCACAAGUGAAACUGUACAAAGAAGAGCUCGAAGAGACCUACCAUUCCAAGCUGGAGAGCGCCAGGCUGAGCUCGGAGAUGAGCAGCUCUGCAGCCAACGCCAUCAGGGAGCAGCUGAACGAGAGCCGCAUGCGCAUCGACAGCCUGUCCUCCCACAUCACGAGCCUCCAGAAAGAGUCUAGAGCGUGGCAGGACAGAGCACAGGACCUGGAGAGCAGCUUGGCCCAGGAACAGGAAAACUACCGCAAAAUGCUGGCAGAGAAGGAGAAGGAAAUUGCAGAGAUAAGAAAUCAGAUGCAGGAGCAGCUGACUGACUAUGAGCAACUCCUGGAUGUUAAACUGGCACUUGACAUGGAGAUCAAUGCAUACCGGAAAUUGCUGGAGGGUGAAGAGGAGAGGCUGAAGCUGUCCCCCAGCCCUUCCUCCAGGGUGACCGUCUCGCGAGCCUCGUCCAGCCGCAGUGUCCGCACGGCUGGCGGCAAGAGGAAGAGGAUCGACGUGGAGGAGUCUGAAGCCAGCAGCAGUGUGACCAUUUCCCACUCUGCCUCUGCCACGGGGAACGUGUCCAUUGAGGAGAUAGACGUGGAUGGGAAGUUCAUCCGCUUGAAGAACACCUCUGAGCAGGAUCAACCAAUGGGAGGUUGGGAGAUGAUCCGAAAAAUAGGAGACACUUCGGCAAGUUACAGAUAUACCUCAAGAUAUGUACUGAAAGCAGGCCAGACUGUUACAAUCUGGGCUGCAAAUGCUGGAGUAACUGCGAGCCCUCCCACUGACCUCAUUUGGAAGAACCAGAAUUCCUGGGGCACUGGUGAAGAUGUGAAAGUUGUGCUGAAAAAUUCUCAGGGAGAGGAGGUUGCUCAGAGAAGCACUGUGUUCAGAACAACAGCACGUAAAGGGGAAGAUGAGGAAGUUGAGGAAGAAACAGCUGAACCUCUGGAUGAGGAAGACAUUUACGGCCAGCAGGCAGAGCAAAGGGCAUCCAACAGCAGCUGUGUGGUCAUGUGAAACUCCACCCCUCCAGGCUCCUCCAGCUGUAGUAAUCCCUGCCUGCAGAACAGAGCCUUCUGAGAAGCACAACGUUCUUUUCCUGUCUGUGAAUUUUUAAAGCUGCGAGUCUGAUGGCCUUAAUCUCCUUUUUGUCACUGAAAAGGAAAAAAAAAAA